AUGGCAGGUGAAGAAAUUAAUGAAGACUAUCCAGGAGAAAUUCAUGAAUAUUUAUCAACAUUUGAGAAUUCCAUUGGUGCUGUGGAUGAAAUGCUGAAGACCAUGAGGUCUGUUUCUAGAAAUGAGUUGUUGCAGAAGUUGGACCCACUUGAACAAGCAAAAGUGGAUUUAGUUUCUGCUUACACAUUAAAUUCAAUGUUUUGGGUUUAUCUGGCAACUCAGGGAGUCAAUCCUAAGGAACAUCCAGUAAAGCAGGAACUGGAAAGAAUCAGAGUAUACAUGAACAGAGUCAAGAAAAUAACAGACAAGAAAAAGGCUGGCGACCUGGACAGUGGCACGGCUUCAAGAGGGUGUUGUAAUAAAUGCCCUCUGGGAACCAAAACCUAA